CGCUGGGGCUGGGGGCGCUCCUGGCGGGCGAGGGGGGAGUGGGACCCCGGCACCGGGACCCUGAAUCGCCAUUGCCGGCAUCGGGACCCCCCUGCUCCCCUUAUCCUGCACAGGGACCCCCCUGAAUCCCCCAUUUACGGACAUCAGGGCCCUCUGCUCCCCUUUUCCCUGCUCCCAGCCUCUAGAUUUCCCGUGUGCCUGAUCCUGGAACGCCUUGGAACACCUUGGACCCCCAUUCCUGCCUUUCCCAGCCCCCAGCCCCACCUUUGUGCAAAGCCAGAGACCCUCUCAACUCCCCCUUCCCAAACACCCCGGGUGUUCCCACCCUGGUACUCCUUUUUGGGAAACCCUGGACUCCCCUUUCCUGGGCUCAAGGACCCCUGGAACUCCCUUCUACCUCUCCAUCCCUGCCCCCCCAUUUCCGUGACCCUGAGACCCCCCUGCGCCCCCAUUCCUGAGAACCAAGACACCCUUUUACCCCUUUGCCCGGCACUGAGACCCCCCUGCACCCCCUUAUCCGGCACCAACUCAACAUGUUCCCAUCCCACACCUCUCCCAACCCCCAGCCCCACCCUUUUCCCUGACCUGGGACCCCUGGGCCCCCAUUCCUGCCUUUCCCAGCUCCCAGCUCCUCCUUUCCUCACACUCAGGAGCCCUGGCACCCCCUUUCCUGGGCACAGGAUUCCCUGGACACCCCAUCCCAGCUCUCCCAGUCCCUGCACCCCCUUUCCUUGGCUCUCAGCCCCUGAACCUCCUUCCCAGCUCUGCCAUCUCUUCAUGUCCCCCUUUUCCUUGGCCUGUGGACCCCCCUGGAUCCCCAAACUCUCACUUUCAGCCCCCUCAGUUCCCCCAAAUCUCUGUGUCCCCCCAGUUCUCCACUCCCUGCAGUUCCUGGAAGUGGUGCUGUCAGAGCCCGGCCCGGGGGUCCCCCAGUCCUUGAUUGUGGGGGACGUGGACGGGACCCCCCGUGAGCGCUGCGGCAGCGAGCGGGGCCGGAUGGAGGCACAGACACCGGGGAUGGGGGCGGGAGCUGAGCUGGGAUAUUGGGACAGCCAGAGCUGGGAUAUUGGGACAGCCGGGCUCCCAGGGGCUGGGACACGACUCCAUGGGUCUGUUCUCUCCUCGUUCCCAGGUCUCCACACAGUGCAGGGGGUUUCCAGCUGUGACCUCCUGUCCAAGAGCGUCCAUGGAUCCCACCAGUACGGCUACGAGGGCUGGGAUUUCAUCUCCUUCCAGCUGGGAUCCAGGAGCUUUGCAGUGUCCAGUGGUGCCGUCUGGAUAUCCCAGAGGUGCUGGGAAUCCAGAGGGAUCAUGGUGGAGCAGAUGAAGCAU